AAUAAUAAAUAAAUAAAAACCUUAUUUUUGUUACUUGAACGGUUGAACAAACAAAAGAGUAUGAAUGAGCAAAAGACCCGCCAGAAAACAGAGUCCCCGAUGAGAUGAUCAGCGGAGCGGGAAGCAGAAACUUCUUGGUGGGCAUACUGAAGACCGCCGGGACUCUCCCGGAGCUCAGCCAGACCCACGCUCAGGCCAUCGUCCACGGCCUCCAAAACGACCUCGCCUUCCUCACCAAGCUCACCCACAAGCUCUCCGACCUCAAGGCCAUACGCCAGGCAUGUGACCUCUUCCUCACCGUCCCCAACCCCGAUCUCUUCCUCUUUAACGUCCUCCUCAAGGGCUUCUCCACCAACAAAUCUCCUUUUUCCGCCAUUUCUUUGUAUACCCACUUGAGGAUAAACACUUCUCUUGUCCCUGAUGAGUUUACCUAUGCGUUUGCUGUCUCCGCGGCCUCCAGUUUUAAGGACCCCAGGUACGGGAUUCUGCUCCACGCUCAUUCGGUCGUUGAUGGGUUGUCGUCGAAUUUGUUUGUCGGGUCUGCGGCGGUGGACAUGUACUUAAAGUUUUCCAAGGUUGAGCUUGCGCAGAAGGUGUUUGAUGGAAUGCCUGAGAGAGAUACCGUUUUGUGGAACACGAUGAUAUCUGGGUUGGUGAGGAAUUUCUGCUUUUCGGACUCAGUGAGGGUCUUGGCGGAUAUGGUUGCAGGUGGGACAAAAUUCGAUUCGAGAACUUUGGCGGCUGUUCUUCCUGGAGUGGCAGAGCUGGGCGAGUUGCUACUGGGGAUGGGCAUUCAUGGUUUGGCGAUAAAGGUGGGGUUGGAUUCUGAUGUUUAUGUGGUUACAGGAUUGGUUUCGUUGUACUCGAAAUGUGGAGAGACUGACAAGGCAAGGUUCUUGUUCGGGCAGUUGAGUUAUCCAGAUUUGAUAUGCUAUAACGCGAUGAUUGCUGGCUAUACUUGCAAUAAUGACACGGAGGCUUCGUUGAGGCUUUUCAAGGAAUUGCUUGCUUCGGGGAAGAAAGUAAAUUCGAGCACAAUUGUUGGGUUGAUUCCCGUAUCUUCUCCCUUUGGUCAUCUGCAACUUGCAAGCUCCAUUCAGAGUUUCUGUUUGAAGUGCGGUAUUCUCUCGGAUCCUUCAGUUUCCACCGCAUUAACGACUGUUUACUGCAGACUGAACGAAACAGAAUCUGCAAGACAGGUUUUUGAUGAAUCUCCGGAGAGAAGUUUGGCAUCUUGGAAUUCCAUGAUUUCGGGUUACGCCCAAAAUGGGCUAACAGAGGCUGCAAUCUCUCUUUUCAGGGAAAUGAUACCUGUGUUCAGUCCAAAUCCAAUCACCAUUACGAGUAUUCUUUCAGCCUGUGCUCAACUUGGUACCUUAAGUCUUGGAAAAUGGGUCCAUGGCUUGAUUAAGAGCAAAAAUCUCGAGUGUAACAUAUUUGUGAAGACUGCUCUGGUUGACAUGUAUGCAAAGUGUGGGAGCAUUACGGAGGCUCGGGAAUUAUUUGACUUGAUGACAAAUAAGAGUGUAGUCACUUGGAAUGCAAUGAUAUCGGGAUACGGCCUCCAUGGUCAUGGGCAUCAAGCAUUUAAACUCUAUAAGGAGAUGCUGCAUUCUGGGGUUGCCCCAAAUGGUGUUACUUUCCUUUCAAUCUUGUAUGCUUGCAGCCAUUCUGGGUUGGUUAGAGAAGGAGAUGAAAUUUUCAAGUCCAUGGUUUGUGAUCACGGGUUUGAACCAUUGCCUGAGCACUACGCAUCCAUGGUUGAUAUCCUCGGCCGAGCUGGACAGUUAGAGCAGGCCUUGGAAUUUAUAAGGAGAAUGCCAAUCGAGCCCGGUGUUGUUGUUUGGGGCUCUUUGCUUGGUGCUUGCAUGACGCACAAGGACACAAGAAUAGCACGUCUGGCUUCUGAGAAGAUAUUUGAGUUGGACCCUGGAAAUACAGGAUAUUAUGUCUUACUCUCUAAUAUUUAUUCAGUUGAUAGGAACUUUCCAAAGGCUGCUAUGGUACGACAGUUGGUGAAAAAUAGGAAGCUGGAAAAGACUCCUGGGUGCACCUUGAUUGAGAUUGGUGAGACCACACAUGUCUUUACGGCUAGUGACCGAAGCCAUCCUCGAGCAACUGAAAUCUACACAAUGUUGGAUAAGUUAACAGGAAAGAUGAAGGAGGCUGGAUUUCAGACAGAGACUGUCACUGCUUUGCAUGAUGUGGAGGAGGAAGAGAAGGAGCUUAUGGUGAAAGUUCAUAGCGAGAAACUGGCCAUUGCUUUUGGACUUAUUGCUACUGAACCUGGAACAGAAAUCAGGAUCGUUAAGAAUCUCCGGGUUUGCUUAGAUUGCCAUAAUGCAACUAAAUUUAUAUCCAAGGUCACUGAGAGAGUUAUUGUGGUCAGGGAUGCUAAUAGAUUCCACCAUUUCAAGGAUGGUGUGUGUUCUUGUGGAGAUUAUUGGUGAAGACAACUAUUCUUUACUAAUUAAGGUAUGUUGGGAAUAGUAUAGGAGCAAGUUUUGCAGUCUCCUACUAUUUGUUUGGUGACAAUUGAAGGUGGACACCCCGGCCUUAGAUGCAUGACACUUGGUCCCAUAGUGAACAACAAACACCUUAUUAAGAUUCUUGACCAAAAUUUUUACAUUAUUGAGAUUCUUGACAAAAACUGAUGAAACCAAAUGUCACCUGGGUCCUCAUAUGGGGUACCGUGAUAUUGUAAGUUCCAUUUUUGCCUAAACUCCUUGUCGCAGACAGAAUAAAGACUAUUAUAUCUCCAAGCUUACUCAUCUAUUAUGCUUAUGGGAAAAGCUUUUAGCAUUAUGCUCCUUUUUUCAUGUAUAUUCAAAUUCAUCUUGAUCUUUGAAAAGUGAAAAGAAAAUGUCAAAUCUAGUGCAUUCUACAAUAACACCCCCAUACAAUAACACCCCCAUAUGGGGUACCGUGAUAUUGUAAGUUCCAUUUUUGCCUAAACUCCUUGUCGCAGACAGAAUAAAGACUAUUAUUUCUCCAAGCUUACUCAUCUAUUAUGCUUAUGGGAAAAGCUUUUAGCAUUAUGCUCCUUUUUUCAUGUAUAUUCAAAUUCAUCUUGAUCUUUGAAAAGUGAAAAGAAAAUGUCAAAUCUAGUGCAUUCUACAA